CCCCUCCCCAUCUUCGAUCUUCCUUGUGCUUACUGUCUCACAAAAUUUCAAUGACCGGUAUCGCGCCCAAGAAGAAGCAGAAGGGGAGAAAACACGAAGCUGAUUUCACACCCCAGAAUGUGGGAAAUCGGGGAGCUAAGGGGAAGACGCAGCCGGUGUCAAUGCCAAUUGCUCAGUCUGCAACCAAAGAACAGAUUCUGCGCUCUGCGGUGAAUAUGGCUGUCACCGGAGGAUCAUUCGUCGACACUCGCAUCUUUUGCUUUUCUCGUCGCACGCAUGAUGGCAUUGUAGAUAGGGUGCGCCCCGUGUAUGCCAACAGCGGCGCACUGAAGAUAGCUUCAGGAUUCUUUCUGAGCUCACUCGAGGGUGGCUGGAAAGAGCAAAUUGAUAGCCAACCUUCGACCGAUUGCUACGAGUACGAUUCCGACAGCGAUCUUGAACUGGAAGACUAUGAAGAUGUAGUACCAACUGACGAUUUCGGCGAGCCCGCCACGUAUGAGGAGCUGUUCUCGAAGAAUAUCAAUGACGCUGCGGAGUCUGAGGUCAGAGAUGGCGUCAAAACAGGGGAUGUCUGUGGUGAUACAGUCCCAGUAUCUGCACCAGAAUCAAGCUCUAUUCUGCCAGUGAACCGUGCAAUGGAAUCUGACGGGGGCCGCACGCAAAUACUGUUCAUCAAGAACGUGGCAUACACAACGUUGCGCGCUUUCGCAUUCUACGUGAUGACGGGAGCGCUGGAGUUUUCCGCUCUCAGCUCAGAAGGUGACGCGCCAGCUGUCGGUCCGGCGAAGCCAUACGACACUCCUCGGUGCUCUCCCAAAUCAAUGUACAGGUUCGCUGAGAUGUGCUGCAUGACAGAUUUACAAGAACUGGCCUUGAAAGAUAUCACAGCGAAGCUAUCGUCCGGAAACAUCCUCGCCGAGCUAUUUUCUACGUUCACUUCUUGGUAUCCGGAUGUGCAGAAGGCUGAGCUAGACUUCUUGAGCGAGAAAUGCAGGAGCUCACCAAAGGUCUUGGACGGUUUGUCCCGAUGGACGAGCAAGAUGGCGCGUGGUGAUCUUCCCUAUGGAGGUGAUAUACUGGCCUCUUUGUGCCAACAAUUAGCGAUGUCAUUUGAGAAACCGAAGUGUCCAAACGGUCACGCUCGCACCAGCAAUGACGUGCAGGUGGAGCAUAAAUGUAAUACCUGUGGUCGGUUCACUGUGUUUCUCCAAGCAUGGGGAACGUCUGCGCAGAUGGAGACCUUUAGGGAAGAGGAGCGAGAAGGGCGCAUGACCGUAGUGUUGGGCGGAAAGGUCCUCGUGAUAGACGUUGAACUUUCAGUCAACAGGAGCGAUCCUGACUGUCCUAUGGUCACGGUUGCGGGCCUGAAGACGUCGUACGCCAUCCCAAACACUGCUUCUGGAUCGACGACACAGGGCUCUCUAUCGUUGGAUGGGUUCUUAGCAGACCGGCUGCAGGCUUUCUUGACGGAGGUGCAGAAAGAGCCAGAAGAACAGGACUGUCUACGGGCAGAGAGAUUCGGAAGACUCUUUUCAGAGGAUCUAAUUUAUCUCAUGCAGCUGGACCAACUAGCGCUCAAUGAAGGAGACGGCGGCCUGCGCUGGUUCAGUGAUAUUGACGCACUGGCGCAAGAGACGGAAAAGUUUGCAAUGAUGGAAGCCGAGGCUAUUGUGGGAUGUAUUUCUCGCGCGUUCACACACGUUGCCCCUUCCCUAUUUAACUGGCGCAUCCAUAUCGUUUUUGACACAUGUCUCGCCGCAAGCCUAUCUAGCCCUACUACGAACAUGCCCCCGCCCUUCACCUGCGUCUCUCUCACAACGGGUAACCUCGAUGAUGGGAGACUCCCGUACCUGGGUCCUCGAUUUCACAGACGGUGGGCAACACUCUGGCAUAACUAUGAGCCAGUCGCGAAUGCGGGAGAUCGAGCUUGUGGUCAAUCCUCUGAGUGGGAUGUCACAUAUAGACAGCAUGCCAAUGAUGGCAUUCGGGUCCGGGAGCUGGUUAGAUCUAUUACCAACCCAAUAUCUCCCGAACGAUAUACCACACUAUAUACCUCACCGACAGGGGCGCACCCUCAACUUCAUCUCCGUCUCACCGCACCGGAUGAACCUGGCUUCAUCCUAGAGAAAGUACCUGUGCAUACUCUGAAGGAGAUCUGGGGGAUCUUGGAGAUUGUCAAGGAACAAUGCUGGCUGAACGAGAUCAUCAGCGCGUACACUUGGACACCCGAAGGUCUCAACAUUGGUGAAGGACUGGGAGAAGACAUAGACGAUUCGGAGGCUACACAAGACGACCUGCAAGCUAUCUUAAAGGGUAUGGUCGAAAUCUCCGUCGCUUUCGAUCCAAGCAGGCCGCGCGGGGUCGCGCUAGACGUCAGUGGCGCUAUGGGCGCGGACUUGAACAGUGAUGUGCUCGAAGAAUAUCUUUGGUGGCCUGACACGGCGCUCGCUGCUGAUCUUUGGGGUGAGAGCUUUAGUAGAGCUCUCGCUCGCUUCCGACCGUCUUCCCAUCCUGAUAUCAAAAAGGGUCUUCAGGAGCUCGCCAGUGUGUGGGAACUCGCCCUGGGCGACCUUGCCAAGGAUCACGCUAAGCGCCUCGUCGACUUCAAGGUGAUGCGCGCGUAG